GUAAAGUCCCUGCAUUCAUAAGGCUACUAGCACCAAAAGGCUCUCUAGAAGUUCAUGAAGAGGCGUGGAAUGCAUACCCCUAUUGUAAAACAGUUAUAUCGAAUCCAUAUAUGAAGGAGAAAUUUGUUUUGGCCAUAGAGACAAUGCAUGUGGCUGACAGAGGAUUGCAGGAUAACAAUCCCGGUUAUAUGAAAGAAAAUUUCAUCAUUGUAAUAGAAUCAUUACAUUUAGCAGAUACAGGAAUGCAACAAAAUGUGCAUGAGUUACCGCCAGAGAAGUUGAAGAAUCGUGACGUGGUGCAUAUAGACAUUGCUAAUGAUCCAGUAACUACGGCAGAUUAUAAACCUGAUGAAGACCCAACGAAGUUUAAGAGUGAAAAGACAGGACGAGGACCUCUUAUAGGGCAGUGGAUGAACAAGGUGAAUCCUGUCAUGACGUGCUACAAACUGGUCACUGUUGAGUUCAAGUGGUUUGGACUGCAGUCAAGGAUAGAAAAUUUCAUCCAGAAGUCAGAGCGACGCCUCUUCACAAAUUUCCAUAGGCAAGUGUUCUGCUGGAUUGACCGCUGGCAUGGUCUCACCAUGGAGGACAUUAGAGCCAUCGAGGAUAGAACAAAAGAGGAGCUGGAUAAGCAACGUAUGGUUGGUGAGGUCCGUGGCAUGAAGGCUGAAACAGAUUGAACAGGAUGCUCACACUGCCCCCCUGCUCCCCACCUACCCAUCGUUCACAUCACAUGCCAUGCUUCAUACCUUCGCAUCUACUGCUGGGGUGCCAAACACAAAAUCCUUAUACACCCACUGUAUUAGAAGCAUCCACUUUUCAGUUGUUUAAUUGCUUUCCGAAUAUACACUGGAUUAUGUUUUGGGAAGAAAUCUAAAUUCCCUAUGAACUGAAAUAAAACAAGCUUUCCAUAUUCGUUCAAAACAGUUUUUUUACUUGUAUUUCUCAUUCUUGACUGGGCUUUUUUGUGUCAGUUUUUUAUCAGUACUUUCUCUUCCAGGCAGAAAUAGGCAUUUGCACCAAGUGUGAGGAGAGGAGGUAUUUCUAAUUCUUGAUUUUCAAAAUCCUUAACUAGUUUUACAAUUAUGUACAGUAUUUUGACAGUGGGCAAAGAGUACCACUAACAUUAUGCUGGAAAUGCAUUUUCACAAGUUCCAUAAUUUCGUGGAAGUUAAUGUAAUCAUGGAGCGGUUGUUUUGUACUUUUUUUUCUCCUGAACAUACACUUUUAUAUAGGGAAUAGUAUGUAUAUAUUUAAAUACUGUUAUUGUGUAACUGUUAUACAUUUUGUUAAUCUCUCAUGAAUCCAUGACCUUGCAGCUGUAAUGAAACUUAUUAUGGAGAAGAGUUGUCUGUUAUGAGGCUGCUUUUGAGACCAAAUCCUGUUUGAUAGGAGAAUUAUGAGAUCACUUUCCUUCAUCAUUAAUACUGUAAAAACAUUUUUUAUGCUUUAAAAAAACCCAUGUCCAUUUGCAGCUGUAGCGACAGUGCCAGCAUGUUUCUACUAAUAAUACCCUCAAGCUAACUGAUAUGUUGCCUCCUUGCUAUAUCAGAGCCAGUUGGCUGUCACUUAACAGUUGCUCUCCAUGAUUCAUUAUGUGAUUAUUUCAGUUCCACAGCCUUGUUCAUGACACCAAGGCCUUAUCAGUGGGGGGAAGUUAUAUGAAUGAGAGAUUAUCAUAAAAUUACAUACAUGAAAGGAAACAAUUACAGUGUAUCAUGGUGUACGUACUUAUUUAUUGUUAGACUGUAGAACUACUCAUCCACAAGUUUAAAAAUUCUUUUGGAGCCGUCAUACAGAACAUAUGGAACAUAACUUGCUACCUCUAAGUCCCACCUCUCCAUCACAGCUGAUUACUGUCUAUAUAUUUACUGCUUCUGCCUUAAAGCAGAUUUAAUUUCCUCCUAUCUUAAAUAUGCAUUUUUAUUCAAUAAUGUAAUUAACAGUAAAGCCGGCAAUGAUGAUUUGUGCAAUGAAAUACACUGCAUGAAAAAUUAUUGGGCAUACUAAUUAGACUUCAUAUCCCUUUUCUGCACAAAGAACAUAUAUGGAAUUCUUAAUUUUUAAGCUUUUUCUUUUUGUUCCCUUUUGCCAUUAUUUAUCUGUGGUUCAUUUACAGAUGAAUAGUCAGUGGUCUGUAAAUUUAAAACAUACGUAUACUCUAUUCUCCCCGUGAUUCAAUAAAUCCAGUACCCUGAAUAGCCAGAACACUUAGUAAAAACAUAAAAUAGAAUCAGUAUUAAUGUGGAUACUCAGUGUCAUCAGUUUCUUUUCAAGUUCAGUGCAGUUUGCAUGCUGUUGAAAGUACAGAGAGAAUAGUAAAGGAAAUUGGCAUGAGCUGAACUGUAUAAAAUAUCAGCAGUUGGCACAUUUUCUUAAUGUAAAAAUGUGAUGAAAUAAAAGAGGAAAGGAAGGAAUGCACAAGGAUGAGAAUUAGCUUAGGGGGCAAACUUCAUUGUUAACUGUCAGUUACUUUAUGAAAUAGUAAUGAGAUAAGAACAUGCAGAAUAUUGUACAAUAAUUUCUUCUAUUGGUGUUUUAGAAAGUGUUUGUGUAAGACAUGUACUGUAGGAACAAAACUAACUGGUAUUGAUUUUGUAAUGUUUCCUGCAAAAUUAAAAGGAAAAUCCUUCAUUAUACUUAAAGGUAUGCAGAAAAUGAGUUUUAAAUGCUAUAGUACAGUAUCCUUCUGUCCUUGGCCUAGUCAAGGUGUUGGUUGGCAGCCAAGGAACCACUGGAAGCAGUCAAAUAAAAUCAUUCCAUAAAUAUUAGCAUAAUGCUUCAUUUAAUUCUACUCUUCUCAAGUGACAGUAUAACAAUUUUAUUUAAGGAACCCCAUAAUACAGAUAAAUGAAAUUAAACAUUCUGUAGUUCUGAUGUCUAUGAAAUUGAGAACAGAAUACUGUUGCCACAAGGAGGAAUGGAGAGCUCAAGAGGCAUAUAAAACUAAAUGACAGAGGCCAUAUAACAAAGAGCCUACAAAUAAAAAAUAUGGAAAAAGAAACUAAAGUUUUCAUUUGCCACUAAAUCCAUUGUGUAGAUGAAAAUUUCACUUUCCAUUAUGCCUUAACUUCCCCGUCUUCCUGUUAAAUGUGGCUGUUUUAGAUUGCUGUAAAUAAAAUAAAUGUGAAGGUGCCUCAUGGUAUGAGCUGUACUACACUUACAUACAUAUUUGUGUGAAUUAACAAAUGGUGUAGUAACAUCAAUUGUCUUGAAGACACAGUAAUUAUGUGUGGCUUUACUUCUGUAAAAUCUAUAUAUUGUAUUUUGUCACACCAAUCUUUAUGGUUUCUGUUCCUAUAGACAUCAUCUUCAGUCCUGGCACCAUCUAUAUAAUAUAAGAAAUGAAGCAAAGUUUACCAUUCCAUAACAUUUAUCUGUGCCUGUGGUUCAUACAGCUAAGUUCUCAAAUUUGGAAACCUAAACCAAUAUAGCAUUGAUCUAGUCAAUGUGUCAAAAACUAGGAUUUCAACAGAUACAGUAAUAAAAUAAUGAUGUAUGUAGUGAAACCAAUUAACAUUUAAAUUAAUUGGUGUAAUUAUUUGCACAUGUAUAUAAAUUAGAACAUACAUAGAUAGUGAUGUAUGGCACCAGAAGAUCACUAAACGUCCCUUGGGGUAAUUGUGUGAUGUCAGAGUAAGGGAAAUGAAUGAAUAAUUAUUG